UCGCGCUCCCGGGCGAGGCAGCGCCGGGAGCCGUCUCCGUCACGGGGCGCUGGGCAAGGCAUGUGCCUAUGAUAAUGGAGAUAAAGGACUCGGGCAGCGUGGUCCUGACCGCCUACCACCCCCACAGCCCCGCUAGGAUGCCAGGCAUGGAGCAGAGCUUUGGGCAAGAGGUCCCCUCCAGCCACUCGCCCACCAGCAGAAAAUCCUUCUCUCGCUGUCGAAGGAUUAACAGGAUGCUUUCCAACGAGCCUACACCUCCUCCUGCAUUCAGUCGUUCCAACUCCCAGGUGUCCAUGGACAGCACGUCCAUGGAGGACUUCUGGUGCGAAGUGGAAAGCAUUAAGGAGAGCAGUGAAGACAGACCUGAAGAACCAACACUCUUAGAGUUCAAACCUGCUGAUGAAGGGGAGCUGGAGGCUGAAUGGCUGCAAGAUGCAGGUUUAUCGACAUUGAUCUCGGGAGCUGAAGAGGAGGAUGGCCAAGCCCUGCUGUCCACCUUGACCCGAACUCAAGCUGCUGCAGUACAGAAGAGAUACAACACCUACACUCACACCCUGAGGAAGAAGAAUAAGCACACUGUCCGGGAUGUACGAGACAUCUUUGGCAUCAAUGACUCUUCUCCCACAUUUGAGACAGUUCCAGUGUCACCAGUUCCUUCUAAUGGUAUCCAGCUUCCUGGGCAGAAGCCAGUUUGGAAAUCAGUUAGCUCUAAUAGCUGUCUAGACUGUGGACUAGAUAAAGGCAGCCCAUCAGUAAGCCCAUCAGAAGAGCUCUCCUACGAGGUUUCUUUCUCAGAAUCCAUUACAGUCAUUCCAAAACCUCGAGAAUGGCAGAAAAACCAGAGAUUCAAAAAGGACGACUCCACUUUGCCUAAAUUCAUUGUUCGAAAGAGCCGAUUUGGACUGACAGAGGUUGGAGACCUUUCUCCUGAGGACAUGAAGAAGAUCCGCUACCUCUCCCUGAUUGAGUUAACGGCCUUCUACGACGCGCUGGGGGUGGAACUGAAGAGGAACAGAACGGAAAGAGUCAAAGGACGAGAAAAUGGUCUUUUUGGAGUCCCUCUCACAGUACUGCUGGAAAAUGAUCAAAAGAAGGUUCCAGGCAUAAAAGUUCCCCUCAUCUUCCAAAAAUUGCUACUCAAGCUUGAAGAAACAGGUUUAGAAACUGAAGGAAUUCUUCGAGUGCCUGGAUCUGCCUCCAGAGUUAAGAAUCUCCAUCAAGAACUCGAGGCAAAAUUUUACGAAGACACUUUUGACUGGGACCAAGUACGAAAUAAUGAUGCAGCAGGACUGCUGAAAAUGUUUAUAAGAGAACUCCCAAGCCCGCUCUUCACUGUAGAAUAUCUACCUGCUUUCAUUACAUUAGUGGAAAAAAUCUCCAAGAUCAAGUUACAACUACAAGCUUUGCAUCUGCUGAUCAUGCUGCUGCCUGAAGCCAAUAGAGACACAGCCAAGGCCUUUCUUCAGUUCCUGAAGAAGGUGGUUGCCAAUGAAGGGAAAAAUAAAAUGAAUCUGUGGAAUGUUUCUAUGAUUGUUGCACCAAACCUCUUCAUCUACAAAGGCAAACGUGCAAACCAACAAGAAAUGCAAGCAGCUGCCACCACAGCACACAUUGUGCGACUUUUAAUUAGGUACCAGGACAUCUUGUGGACAGUCCCAUCCUUCCUGAUUUCCCAGGUGAGAAAAAUGAAUGAGGCAGCAAUGAACAACAGCAAGAGGCAGCUGAUGUUUGACAAAGGCGUGAGAAAACUUCUGAGGAGAAAGACCAUGGAGAGGGAGAGACCUGAAAGACCAGAGGGAGCGGUCACUUUUCCCCCAUAUCUGCAGUCUGAUAUACCCGAAGGAGUGAUAAGAGUUUAUGCUCCACUGCAUUCAAAAAUCUCUAUGGCUAUUCAACUCAACAGCCAAACAAAAGCCAAAGACAUCCUGGCUCGAUUCCACUGUGAAAACAGCCACGGAUCAUCACAGAACAUGGGAGGCCAGAUCCAAAGUUUGCAUGAAAUUGGAGGAAAUAUCGGUCAGCACUGCCUGGACCCAGACGCGUACCUGUUAGAUGUUUACCGCGCAAACCCUCAGGCAGAAUGGGUGAUAAAGCCAAAAGCAAGCUGAAGCGCAAGGCGGUGGCGCGCCGGACAGAGGCCAAAGGGACAACCGCGAUGCCUGCCGUUUUAUGAAGCUCACAGCACAGACUCAAGCAAAACGGUAGCUCCGGGCUAGAACUCCUUCCUCCCGUACUGUACAGCUGAUGUUCGCCACAUACUGAUUUUGGUAUGAGAACUCCAGUUUCUGGAACAUUGGAAAACAUCACAUUGGUUCUGCUUUGGUAUGGAUUAUGCUUGUGCCAGCUGGCCCAGGAGCUAAGAGGAAAGACCGAGGUACCGAGGCACAGAAAACAACCAGUUGCAUACCGAGUUGUUCAUUUCCUGUGUUAGAACGUGUAUUUUUGAAAAGGGAAGACUCCACCGGCAUCCUAGGAUGCAAGAUACACUACCGACCUCAAAAGCGUUGCAGAGAUGUUCAAGACGAGACGGUAUCUCCAAACCAUGGAACGCAGGAGCUCCAUCUACAGCAGCGCCAAAAUGUAGCUGUGAGAGAAAAAGAAUCAAACCUUUCUGCCAAAACCUAUGCCGUGUGCAUUACUGCAAUAUUUAUGUCUCUCAGUCACUCCACAUUGGUACCUGACACUGGCAGGGAGGCAGCUGGGGGGAAGAACAGCUAUAUCGCUCCAUGGAUGUAGCACUGUUCGGUGUAUCAGUCUUCUGAAACUAUGUGUGAAUCACCUUACUGUGUGUAUCUGCAGUACCGCAAACUAGGUUUUUUCCUCCUUCCUUCCCCUACAACACACACACCAAGUUACAGCUUCAGGAGACAAAUGCUAGGCGAGAGGAGGCAUACUCCCUCAGCUCCAUCUUUUAUUUAGCAUCUAAGUAAAAGAUGUUUUACAUCUUUUAUUUAGAUUUAAGUCUGUGGAAUUUCAUAAUAUGACCUAUGUGUUAAUGGUGCCACUUACAGACAUCACCUUUUUUGUCAAACUUUAUUGUUUCUUAAAUUGUAACCCAAUUCUUUUUCUUUUAUUUUAUCUUUAAUAUGUAAACAACUUUUAUAUUAUUCAGCAGCACUGAGAAAAAAGAUCUGUGUCUGGAUCUUGUAUAAUGCAGCAUGGAGAAGAGUUAGAGAUUCUAGUAAGCAGAGGGAUUUAAUGCCAUUUAACAUCUACAAACUAGUGUCUAAAGACCACAGCUAAGCUAGGCUCAUUGCGCUAGGAAUUUUACAAAUCAAUAACAAAUCACAACUCCUUUCACAGGUCAUUUACAGUCUAUGAAAAAACACAGGCCAACAUGAAAAACGGUGAGCUGUAACUGCGUUAGGAACACCACAAAUAUAAUAAGAGCAUGUCCAGUUUGUAGUCUGCCACAAGGUGAGCACCAUUCUUCAAUGGACUGGGUGGUUUGGGGCUACACUUUAUAUAACUAAGGAUGUUUGUUAAGUGUGGAAACCAUAAGUUUCUGGAAAACAAGAAUUAUUUUUUUCAGCUUUGCCUUCUGCAAAAGCUGGGAACGAAUGUGAUGCCUUCGAAUGUGAUGUGACAUCCCUGCCGUUGGAUGACUAUUCUGCGGAACAAAUUCACCCAGUCUGAUCAGUAGGUUGAGCUUGUGACCUGGACACACACACACAGGGCAGGGGCUCCACCUACACCCGCUGGGGAGCAAUGGAAGAGGGUUACGAACCAGGCCCCCAGCGUGACCACGGAACACGCUGUCUUGCAGAGAAAGCCUCUAACUUGUGAGGAUCGGCUGCCACAGCGUGCUAGUGAUUUUCACAUUCAGAAACCCUAUUUUUGGUUCAAAGUUAAUCAUGUUCUCCACUAUUUAACCUUCCCUGAUAGUGUUCAGUGAGAGAAAUCAACUUCUAAUCAGUAACUUUACCAGCAACAAUGUCUACAGAGAACAGAUUUUGUCUUUCUUCUCUUUCUUUCUUGAGACAAACUGUAAUACAGUUUAGCAAUAUUAUUCUCUUUUCCUUAAAACUCAAUGUAAUUUUUAACUUUCCAGUAUUUUUUUUAACACUAAUGGAUGUAUGGGUGCAGCCAGGCUAAGACCAGGACAGUGGCCCUAUAAAAUACACUGCUUGUUUUGACAACUAUUUAUUUUAAGUGUAUGAGAGAUUGUAGAUCUGUCAUUUGUUCAUAGGACUAAACACUAACUUUCUGUCACACGCCUUGUUCUUGAUUCCCCUUUAGUGCCCUCUGUGGCCACGGACAGGUCUUUCUUCUAUGCUGCCCUCUUUUUUAAACAGGACCAGUAUUUUCCUUAUAAAGGUAACAUGAGAAUUAGCUGGAAUUAAAUUCAGCUCUCAGACACAUCCAGGCAACUCCCUGAGCGGAAGAAGAGUUAUAAACAUCUGUCUUGGAGGGACAAACUCAGCAAAGGGAUUUUAUGUGGAAAGUGCUUUGAAUGUGAAGAGCACAAUAUAAAUGCUAAGCAUCGUUGUAUUUAUUAGCAACGAAAGAGCUUUUAUGACUAUACAAAAAGCCUGGAACAUUGACAAAAGGAUUUGAAAUGUUGUAGCAAACAAGGUAACUUUUUCUACAGUACUUUCAGACAGACACAUUGACCUUCUCUGUCUUGCCCACUCCAGUCUGUGUUCUCAAUAGCCAUUCAAGGGGAAAGAUUGUACUGAGCACCUACAGGUUCAGCCUGAAACUUACUCUGUGUGUUCUAGACUCUGAAAUGAGGACUUCACCAAAAACAUUUCUUAAAUAAAUCUCAUCACACUUUGCAAAGAAUACGGGGGGAGGGGUUGAUUCACCUCUUCCCACUUUGCAACUGAGGAAAGCCAAAUCUGAUAUAAUGAAAUCCAUCCUAUGAACACUUGUUUUAUAUUAAAAUUGCCUAUAACUUUGAAAGACAUGCAUGUUAGCAGAUGAACUAGAUUCUACGUGCAGUGCCCAGAACACUACAAUACAGCCAGCCACCUGGUGUCUCUGAAACAGAGUCACGAAAUUCUUUUUUGAUGCAAAUGAGAGCAGGACCUCAUGACCCAUAUGUAUUGUCCUAAAUACUGUUACACGUUAAGUUGCUUUGUGUUUUUGUGGUACACUAACUUGAAUUAAUAUGCAGCAAACUGAAAAGAUCACUCUGACAUUUUUAAAUUUGAUGUCUCAAUUUAAGCCUUGUAUUUUAAAAUGCUGGUGGAGGCACCUGGAAUUUUGCUCCUCCUAACAGCAGUUGCAGUCAAACCAAAGUUGUAAUAGUACUGUCAAAGUAACAUAUGUGGGAAGCUAUUAAUAAGAAAGUGGUAGCACGCAGGGAGAAACUUUAUCAGUAGAUGUCUCAAAGUAUUUACUUACUCCAUGGUUCUACAAAAGAUAGCAUUUUUUUAAUCCAUGUUUAUAGAGAGUAUUGCCAAAAGGUAGGUAUCAGAAACAGACUGGAAUGCUCUAACCUGUUUAUACAGGUAAAGUCUUUAUAACGUACGGUGUGUGCAAAUGUCUUUGUGUCUAUGUAUACUGUAAACUACCUCACUCUGCAUUUUCCAGGAAAAAACAUUUUGGCUUAGAAGUUUCUUAUACUAAAGCUUUGUAUUAUUAGUUUCACCUGUGUCUACCAGUCUUUUACAUUGCUAAGCAGUUUCUCCUUACAAGGGGCAAGAGUUGAAAAUUAGCUUAAAAAAAAUGUAUUCAAGUAUGUAUUCAAGAUAUGGAUUAAAUUUAGUCCAAAUCAUAUUGCCUCAGUGACUGCUUGUAAUGUCAACCUUGCAAGAUAAGAUCUUGGGGUUAAGAGCUAAAAACCACAACAAUAUUAUGUUUUAGUUCUUAUUUUCCAAUGGCUUUCCAUUAAUGUGUGCCUUCUCUGGAUAAUAAUACAAUGCCACUAAUCAAAGCAAAAUGUUUGUAUGUAUGUUUCCCUUACACUCCUCAUUAUAAUGUUAUAUGUUUUGUGGAAGUAAGCCCACCUAUUAGUGUAUUUGUACAGUAGAAUGUGUUCAUUGUAUUGUAUCCACGUCAAAAAUAAAAACAAUACAAACAAAAUUA